UUGUAGCCAAUUUUGACUGUGGAAUCUGACGAAAGUAUAAUACAAACUGGAAACCGGUGGGUGGGGGUUGUCAAACUUGGGUUACCGUACUUCAUGACUAUGCCUUGCCCAGUUUCCCAGCCCGCUUCAACUCAGUUCCUGUAACUUUAGCUAGCGACGCAUUCAGGUUCAAGGAGCUGGGAUGGCGGAGAAGAGCCCUGAAUCCAGCGGCUCAGUUGACCAGUGUCCCGCCCUUUCUCCGGAACAGAGAAUACAGUCACCUGGGAUCGGGGCAUCCAAAUGGGUCCGUCUGAAUGUCGGUGGGACAUACUUUCUCACAACGAGACAAACGUUGUGCCGAGACUCAAAAUCGUUCCUGUACCGUCUGUGCCAGGCCGACCCCGACCUCGACUCUGACAAGGAUGAAACUGGUGCCUAUUUGAUAGACCGGGACCCAACGUACUUUGGUCCAGUGCUCAACUACCUGAGGCAUGGAAAACUGGUGCUCAAUAGAGGCCUUGCCGAGGAAGGUGUACUGGAAGAGGCUGAAUUCUACAAUAUCCCUUCUUUGAUCAGGCUAAUUAAAGACAAAAUCAGGGAGAGGGACUGCAAAACAUUUCAGCUCCCUAUAAAACAUGUCUACAGAGUCUUGCAGUGCCAAGAAGAGGAGCUAACACAAAUGGUUUCCACCAUGUCAGAUGGUUGGAAGUUUGAGCAGUUGGUCAGUAUUGGCUCCUCAUAUAACUAUGGAAACGAAGACCAGGCAGAGUUCCUGUGUGUUGUCUCUAAGGAGCUACAUAACCAAUCAUAUGGCACAAGCAGUGAACCAAGUGAAAAGGCCAAGAUUCUUCAAGAACAAGGCUCUCGAAUGUGAAGAGACUGUUCAGUCCUUAGGAUUGCGUCCUACUAUGAUGUCCAGAUAUAAAGACACAAACUACAUCACAUUCUGAGGAGUGUUAUGGCACGCUGAAGAAGCUGGCUAACUGCAGUCUACACAUUGUACACACCAUUUUUCUUUUCAGACAUCAAAUCAAAAUGUGCAAAACGAUAGCAUUACUCAGUUUUUGGGCCUACAUAGUAAAAUAGGACUGUAGAUUUUCACACAGAGAGAAGGGCCUUAUCACUUAUCAUAUUGUCCACAGCAUCUAUACUUGGUCCAUCAUUUACUCAGGGUCUCUAAUAGUGUUUUGGAAGAUGCAUUAGGUGUGCACUGUCUGGUGGGACAUUAUUUCAAACAUCUGUGCGUACUACAUUAUGCCAGUCCUUCACAUUCAAAAAUCAAACCUCUGAGAAAUGAAUUGGAAAGCAGGUUUUAAAAGUUAAAUAUUUAAGACUAUUUAUAUGGAGUUGUAUAGAUUCAUACUGUCUUGUUAGGGGCGAAGGCUGUAUUGAAAGUUUAUUUAUUUUUUUACAUAUCUUUAAACCGAUUAUGUCCCUUUCCAAAUAUCCCUUCAACCUGCACAUUAUCAGUUUUUUUGGAAGGAGGACAUUCUUAUAACUACUUCUACCAGGGUUCUUGUAUGAUAAUGAGGUUGAAGUGAUGUUAGGGAAUGCCAGAUGUUAAAGGACUAAAACUUGUCUUCCAUCCCCAGACUCUGGUGUGUUUUAGUUGGGUUACCUGUUAGGCAGCCACUGUGGAACUGGAACACAUUGUUAUAUUUUAGAGGACAUUAUACCUAGAGCCAUUUGAUAGGCACCUUUUUUCACAUUGACAUGUGUGGAACGGCUAGUUUUGUGACGGGCCUGUUUUCCAUUUUACGUGAGAAAGGAAAGCAUUUUUGUCUCUUGCAUGAAUUAGUGCAUAUCUGCUUGUUUGUGUGUGUAUACACAAUCCUUACGCUUCUGCGGUUUGACUAUAUUGAGGUUUGACAGGGCUGUAUACCAAGCAAAAUUACACCAAACAGGCAGUUUUCAAUCAUACAAGUCCUAAGCUAAGAUGCUUUGGUCAUGUAUUGAUGAAAAGAUUGGAUAUUAUAAUCUGUAGUCAUUACCAUGGUUCAAUUUGUAGAUGGUUGAGCUACUUAUUGAAUACAUUAACAUUGUCAGUAUAUGAAAACAUUUCUUUUGGGAAAAUGUUGCCUUUGUUCAAUGACCAAAUCAACGUCUGAAUUUCUUUUGUCAGGGA